AUAAGAUCGAAUUUCGAGCGCAUCUAUUUUUAGCGCGCCUUUUGCUUCACUCCAAAUACGGCCGGUGGGGCCGUCGUCAUCGGUUAGAAGACUACGCGCACGCGUUGAGAGAAAAUUUCACAUUUUCUGUGUGCUGAAAAUUAAAGACGAACUGGAAAAUUCAAGGGGAAAAUCGACUUUUUGCAAUAUUCUCGUGAUUUUUUGCAAAACAAUUCGAAUGAGACACAACUGAAGAGCUUCUUUAGUGAUCUUUUAAAUAUAGAUCACGCAUUUAAUAAUCAGCCCAGUAGAGAGGCAAAUAAAUACGGCGGCUGCAACCGUUGGCCAUGUCAUUCGUGGAAAAAAAGAGUGAGAGAGGGGCAAUGGUGUGUUGAAUUAUUUUGGGAAUUAUGUUAGGACGGUCUGUGGGAGGUAGUCUGAGACAACGUGUGUCCAGCUCUAGAAUAAAUUCCUCGAAAUUGUGCAAAGGAAUCUCAUCAAUUCGGCGGCAACGUAUUCGAAAUGCUACUUGUAGUACUUGGCACCAGAGGGAAGUGAGGGGUUACGCAGCUCAACGAUCACAGCGACGCCAUGCGAGUGGCCCGGUAAUUAGAGUGACAGUUCUGGCAAGAUGUCCGCUUCACGGAGGUGAUAAAAGUAAAAAGUUAAGAAAAGAGAUGAGUGAGCGCAAUAGCACGGCACAUUUUGGUGCUGGACGAAAGCGUGGCCAUCAACAUCAUCCACGGCAUAGCGGGGUGCGACGAUCCAAUGUUCCAUCCGCAGAUAAUUUGGCUCAAUUGCGCGCUGACACAUCAAACAUCACGCAAGAGAAUUCAAAUAUCAUUCCGGCAGCUGAUUCUAAUAGGAAUUUUUCAUCCGCUCAUACUCAACAUCUGAGAGAUGGUAGAGAGGAGAGUACUCUGAGUCAGAGACUUCCUAGGAGUAAAGUAAAUGAGAAACAAAGCCAAAAUGCCUUAGCAGAGCUGAGCUCUGUAGAUCCGGACAACAACAACAGGGUGCUUCCAUCGUCAAGUGCCUUAUGUGAUAAGAAUGUGUGUGGAGGAGAGAUUGUGGAGUCUCAGGAGAAAAUAGGCAGCAAUAGAAAUGAUCAGCCGUCCAGUCAUAGUCCCACAAGUGGGAAGAAAACUAAAAAUUCCGAUAGUAAACGUCGGAGAUUGCGCCAAGCACAAGAAAUCACAAAGCAGGAACAAACAGUAUCUGCUGAUGCUCAACCAUCAACUGAAGAUAUAGAUACGGAGAAUGAUCCUGAAGCUGCAGAAUGGGCUAAAUUGAGAUGUACCAGCGAAAGGACAGAAGUCAUAGCUGAAAGGGAAUAUCGAAGGCAGAAUAGAAGAUGUGCUGACUACCCUGGAUUGGCAUUUGGCCGAUCAAUCUUCAGUUCAGACACAAUGAUGAAAUUCAGUAUAAUCCGCAAUGAACUUCACAAUAUCAUGAAAACACAAUUGAAGAGGGUAGGUUACCGUCAAGUAUCCAACUAAUGAAUUUCUUGGGUAUUUUCUAGUUAAUCAUCGUGAUAGAAGCAUAAAUAAUCAUAUAAGAUGUACUUUGGGUAUCUGAAUUAAGCACGAGUACUAUUCCUCGGGAUUUAUGACCUCAAUCGUACGGAUUGUUGGAUUUGUGCGUUUGUGAGUGAGGAUAUAUUAUUAUAUAGCGAAGAACGCAGUCAAAUGAGACAACAAUGUGCUCAAAAGUCUAAACUAAACGACCAUGUGGGUCAAAUUAUUUGGCAAGUUGCGGCUAUUUGAAAUGAAGAAACUUACAUAAGAGACCAAUUACCAUCUGAGAUUACUAUUGGGGAUUUAAAUCUCAUCGAAAAUUUUGCAUAUUUCGGGAUUAUGCAAAAGAUCUGUCUCAUUUGAUCAAUCAGACUAAAACACAGAAACUAUUAUGAGAUUAUGACAAAGAUUACAAUGAACGAGGAUGAAUAAUUCCUUUAACAAUAUUUCCGUAACAUUUCAGUGAUAUGGAAAUAUCCAGGAAAUUGUUUAAUCGAGAAAAUACGCAAAUAUUAUUGAGAAUUUCAAUGAUAUCUUUUAUUGGAAAUAUUCUAAAUGAAUAGCAGCGUGUGCAUUUAAUAUACAUUCAUGGGUUUUAUAUUUAUACAAUUUAAUGAAUCUGUUUAGUUUAUUAUGUUUGAUGAGAAUUUUGCGCAAAUCAUGCGAAAGUAAACACAUGUGGGUAUUUGCUUUUAGAUAAAUUUAGAUUUUCAUUUACCCAGAAUCAUACAAUAUCUCUCGCUGGUGUUGUAUGUUCAAUAUUUUAUUUCUCAAUUAAAUGUGAUAUUCCAAAAUAUUAUAGAUACAUUCAGGGUCUCUUUAUUAUUUUUAAAUUUAUAUAGUCACGCUGUAGAAAUGUAACCAAGAGGGUCAAGAUCACUACAAUGUAAAGAAAAAAUUAUCAAUAUUCUUCAAUAUCUUUUACAGCAGAGCAUAACUGCUCGACGAGAAAUUUCGAUAAGAUCUUCCCUCGAUCGAUUUUCACGCUCAAUGCUCAAUCUUGCGACAAAUUAAUAAAUGCCACAGCAAGAGAAAUAAUAUUCAUAAGCGCUAUAUGGAUAAAAAUAACAGAAUAAUAUAAAGUUGUGAAAAUGGCAAAAAUAUCUGUUCGAUUCGCGAUUUUCCUUAUAAGGGUCGAUUUUAAUAGACUAACUCUUGCCCGUUCAUGGUCUCCCGCUUAAAAUUUCGCAGCAUUGGGAAUCCAUAUGGCUUCAAUUUGUGGUGCGCUUUUUAUUGCAUAAUGAUUUUAAUAAUAUCGGAAUGAUUACAUUUUUCGCGACACCAUAAAUGACGCAAUUGCGUAUUUUUGUCACUUAUUUUUUUCGCUGAUUCAUUGUAAAUCUGAAUGAAAGUAUUUUAUGGGGACGCGUCCGAACUGUGAAGGGAGAGUCAGUGGAGCGAGAAUGAACUAAAUUUGUUGAGGGACAAAAGUUAGGUCGGGUAACUAUUGAAUACUUUAUUUUUUUGUAAAGUGUGGGAUUCUGUUCUCAUAUAAAAUGCGUAGAGAAUUUCCGUUUAAUUAAAAAAAAAAGAGAGAAUCUCACGGCUUACAUCAAUUCUAUGAUGUUUAGGGAAACAAAACGGAAGCACCACCCUUUUCAUUGUUUCCGCUUUUAGGUACUUAUUUUAAACAUGUUGAUCAGGUCAAUUUAGGUGAUUUUUUAUUUGCUUCUUUUUAAUUCUAUUUUUGGGUGUUGAUUAGGGGAGCAGAAGUUGUUGAAUGCUUAAUCAUUUACAUUUUGUAUAUAUAUUUUUUAUUUGUUGAAUAACAAUUUUUUAAGGGAUUCCAACAAGAGUAGCAUCUUAGAAAUUAAAAUUUCGCGGGUUUUGGUAUUACUCUUUGACCACUAAGUGCGCCCCCUAUAACGACACUGAUCGAUAUGUGCGAAAGAGAAAAAUGUGUGGAAGAGAGAUGGAUUCAUUCACAAUUCCAUACUGUUGAUCUCACUUUACCUCAUAUGGGUAGAAAUUGGUAUUUCCCUCACUCACUACAGUCAGUGGUUGUCGCCAUUUUGAAGAUUGAAAAAAAAUUUGUGCGUUCAGUUAAGCAAAAGGCGAGGCCCGAAAAAUUCCCUCGAAAUUGUAUCAUUUCGGUCGGUGAAACGUGAAAAAAAUCAGAUUUCUCAGUGCUCGCGUAUCAAUACAUCUUGCAUAGUCGCGGGUGCAUUAGGGAAGACGUGAUAAGAGUCCUGUACAAGUUUUUUCUCAAUAUUUAAAAAAAAAUCACCUUUCGGGUGCAAUUUUGCCGCGAGUGUGUGUGUUGGUUCACUUGCGAAAAGAAAAAAGGAAAAAUCCCUUUUGGGUUUUGCGGUUCUUUAGUAUCCCCCUGUGUGAGGAUUAAGUUUUUGUUGUUGUAGGAGAAGUGAAUUAAUUUUUGCGUGAGUGAGAUAUAAUUAGAGAGGGCGAUAAAAUGUCAGCAAAUAUACAGCAAGGCACUCUGUUGGAUGUGCUGAAGAAGAAGAUGCGUCAGACCAAGGAGGAAAUGGAAAAAUAUAAGGAUGAUUGUGAUGAAAUUAACAAAAAGUUGCAACUCGAAGUGCGAAGACGCGAAGAAGCUGAGUCUGAGGUCGCAGCUCUGAAUCGUCGUAUCCAGUUGUUGGAGGAGGAUCUGGAGCGUUCUGAGGAGCGUCUUGCUUCAGCCACUGCCAAGUUGGCUGAGGCCUCUCAGGCUGCUGAUGAGAGCGAACGGAUAAGGAAAGCCCUCGAAAACCGAACCAAUAUGGAAGAUGACCGAGUCGCAAUUUUGGAAGCACAAUUAGCCCAAGCUAAAUUAAUCGCUGAAGAAGCUGAUAAGAAAUACGAAGAGGUUGCCCGUAAAUUGGUGUUAAUGGAGCAGGAUCUCGAACGCUCCGAGGAAAAAGUUGAACUCAGCGAAAGCAAAAUUGUGGAACUGGAAGAAGAACUUCGUGUUGUAGGCAACAACCUCAAAUCCCUCGAAGUUUCUGAAGAAAAGGCCAACCAACGUGAAGAAGAGUACAAGAACCAAAUUAAGACUCUCACAACCCGUCUAAAGGAGGCUGAAGCCCGUGCAGAAUUCGCUGAACGUUCCGUUCAGAAAUUGCAGAAGGAAGUUGACAGACUUGAAGACGACCUUCUGCUCGAACGCGAGAAAAAUAAGUUACUUCAGGAUGAGAUGGAGACCACUUUGCAUGAUAUUCAGAAUAUGUGAAUAUUUAAUGAAAGGGAAUGAAGAGGAAAAGAGCAAAAGCACUUGGAUGAUCAAUACAUUGCCUAAUUAUUACUUUUUUGUUUGUACGAGAGAGCGGAUAAAAAAACACAUUUAUGUGCGCCAUCAAUUAAGAAUACAUAUUUAAUUGAAUACUAUAUAAAUAUGUUAAUUUAAAAGAAUGGAAAACACAUUUUGAGAUAGUCGACGAAGAGGUUUAUGCAGACGUUAUUAUAUUUCUCUAUUUUUUUUCUUUUUUUUUUCCACGAAAAGGCAAAAAUCUCUGCCACUAAAUUUCUUUAUAGUAUUAUAGAAAAAAACAAACAAAAAACUUUAAUAAUUCCUUUAAUAUUUUUUCAAAUACAUUCCUGGAGAAAAGUAUUUUCAAAGACAAAAUUAUACAUAAAAGCUUUGUUUUUUUGGAGGAGAAGAUGAGUCCUUUACCUAGAAGAGGGACAUUUUGUUCAGAGAAGAAAAAACAAUAAAACACAAUAAAAAAGACCUAAGUAAAA